AUGUCUGUCAUGGUGUGGAAGCUGCUGCCGCUGCUGCUGCUGCUACGGGCUGUGCCCACGUUCCAGGAUAGGAAGACAGAGGUGAUUUUAGCCUAUAAGGUGAUCGGAGAGCCGUGUGAACACAAUUCUGAAUGUCAGAGUGACUGCUGUGUCACUAACAGCUUGAACCCGCAGAAGUUCUGCACACCCCAGACUGUGUUCUUGCAAUGUUUACCUUGGAAGAAGCCAAAUGGACACUUCUGUGAAGAAAACUUAGAAUGCUACAGCAACUGCUGCAUCAGGACUGGCGACAGCCCUAACAAGUUCUGCUCAGCAAAGACCAUCUUCUUGCAGUGUGUAUCUUGGCGCAAGCAAGAAGGGGACAAAUGCCAAAGCCACUCAGAGUGCUGGAGCCUAUGUUGCCUCCCGCUGAGUGAGACCAGCUCUCCCCACUGCACAAAGAGAACUGGGCUCUUGGCCUUGUGUCUGCCAGUGGGACAUCCUGGCACAGUUUAA